CGCAAGCGGCUCGCUGUCCGCAAGCAAAAAGUCGCCCAGGCAUAUGGCAACAGCCGCGACGAGCUCGAACACAACAUCAACAAUGCAUUUGACCAGCACAGCGAACAAGAAUCUUCAGCUCACCGAGCGCAGCUUGAGCGGCUCCAGCAUCUUGUCGCCCAUAAGGCUAGUAUCGAGGCUGCCAUGGCGAAGCAGCUCGCCGGUCUGAAAAAAGCAUAUGAUGCGCAUUCGCGUGAUGUGCAAAGUGUCGUGAGCCGUCGACUCAAGGAGAUGAAGUAA